GGAGGGCCCGACGUGCCCAGGCUGCAAGCUCCUGCUCGACACGCUGCCCAAGAAGAAGCGCGACCCGCACGUCGAGCGCUGCCUCGCCUCGUCCGCCUCGACCGACGCCACGCCGUCCAACGUCGGCGCGUCGACCUCGACGCCCGCCCCCUCUCGCGGCCUCCUCGCCCCGCUCUCGCGCCUGUUCUCGCGCGCGCCGCCCGACGCCGCCUCGACGAGCGCCAAGCCCGCCGCGCCCGACGUCAAGGGCAAGGGCAAGGCGCCCGUCUCGCUCCUGUCGUCGCUCCCGAACGCGUUCACGGCGCUCAUGGCGGGCCACACCGAGACGAAGCAGUGGAAGGCGGCCGAGGAGGCCGACAAGCAGAAGGGCCGCAGACCAAAGGGCGAGGAGAAGAAGGUGCCGUUCUACAAGUGGAUCGACGGUCUCGAGAUCACGGUCGACGCGUUCAAGUACGGCCGCAUCGAGGGCUGCAAGGGCUACUUCCUGUCGCACGCGCACUCCGACCAUUACCAGCAGCUGUCGUCUUCAUGGUCACACGGCCCGAUCUAUGCGUCGCAGACGACCAUCAACCUGAUCAAGCUCAAGCUCGGCGUCAAGGACGAGUGGCUGCACGCCCUGCCGCUCGACGAGACGGUCAAGGUCGACGGUAUCGACGUCACGCUCAUCGACGCCAACCACUGCCCGGGCUCGGUCCUCUUCCUCUUCGAGGGCCCGCACACGGACCCCAAGUCGCCGUACAGCAAGACCCCGAACCGCAUCUUCCGGUACCUGCACUGCGGCGACUUUCGCGCCUCGCCCCAGCACAUCCACGCGGCGCCGCCGUUCGUCGACCCGCUCCCCGGCCGCAUCCAGAAGAAGCUCGACGCCAUCUACCUCGACACGACCUACCUCGCGCCGUCGUACUGCUUCCCGGCCCAGGAGCUCGUCAUCAACGCGUGCGCCGACCUCGUGCGCGAGCGCAUCCCCGACGUCAAGCCGGACGUCAAGCCCAAGACGGAGCGCCUGCUCGUCCUCGUCGGCACCUACUCGAUCGGCAAGGAGCGCGCACCUGACACCCGUCGUGUGUACGCCUGCAGCAUCGUCAAGGCCAUCGCGCACGCCCUGUCGACCAAGAUCUACUGCGACGCCCGCAAGCGCGACCUGUUCCUCGCGCAAGACGACCCCGACCUGCACUCGCUCCUCACCGACGACCCGCUCGCCGGCCAAGUGCACGUCGGCUGGCUGCGAGACAUCAACCGCGAGGUCAUGAGCGACUACUUGGCCAAGUACAAGGCGCCGAGGGUCGAGGGCGGGUUCACCAAGAUGAUCGGGUUGCGCCCGACCGGCUGGACGUACCGGUCCGAGACCAAGGACAAGGUGCCGUCGAUCCCCAAGAUCCUCGCGCUCGAGCAGCAGCGCAAGUUCUCGCCUGCGGGACUGUACCCUCAGCGCGACUCGACGCCGAUGUGCAUGGCCUUCGGCGUUCCUUACUCGGAGCACUCGUCCUUCUUCGAGCUCACCUGCUUCGCCCUCUCGCUCGACUACACGCGCAUCAUCCCGACCGUCAACGUGCACACGGCCGGCUCUCGGACCAAGAUGAAGAGCUGGAUCGACAGGUGGGCGGCCGAGAAGAAGCGUCGCGCCGACGCGAGGAUGCCGCGCAUCGUCCCCUUUCGCGCCUUGACGUACUGGUGAGGCAGUCUCUCGCCGUCGUGCUCUCCCUGCAGUGCAUCUCGCUUUGCCCAGA